AUGUCCCUGCGGACCAUUCGGGGUUACCGCACCGUCUCUGGGGAGGUCGCUGGCCUCCUGGUUGGAAUCGCCCCACUUGACUUGGUGGCGGCGGAACGGGCGCGGCUAUAUCAUAUAGUUUGCGCCGCCCGCCGACCGCCAAGGGUCGACCUCGGCAGAGAGGAGGCCGAGGAGGUCGAAGAACACGUUUUCCCGGUGGAAGUACUCACCAGUCAUGGGUGUUUUAGUGAGUACCUCCAUGGAGUGGGGCAGGAGCCAACCGCGCAAUGUCACAUCUGCGGCGAAGACGUGGACACGGCGCAACAUACGCUCGAGGAGUGCCCGGCAUGGGCAGAGCAGCGUCGUGUCCUCCGAGCCGCGGUGAGAGGGUAUGACCUCUCGCUCGGGACCGUGGUCGACCACAUGGUCUCGAGCGACAGGUCGAGGAAGGCGGUGGCCUCCUUCUCUGACACAGUAAUGUCCGAGAAGGAGGCCGCCAAGAGAACCCGGAAACGGGACCCGGGAUCGGCCCAUAGGGUGUGGGCGCGGGGGCCACCCUCGCGCCGUAGACCCCCGCCAAAUAGGCGGGGAGCUUUGAGCGGGACUGUGCGGGGCUCGCCCCCGCGUCAGGUCACGUCCCCUUCGCAAAAGGGGGGAAAGGCCAAUAAGCGGAGAAGGCCAUCGGAACGGGGUGUGAGCUGA